AUGAACAACGCCUAUCAGUUGCAAAAUUUCAACAGUGUCCAACACCAAUUCUACUAGUAAGUGGUCGGCGAAGCAAGUGCCAACUCGACACGUUACGAGCGCCAAAAAUCGAUAAUAAGAAGUUGGGCCAAAGGGAUAACUGGUUCUUGAGAAGAGCAAUAACCUAAAUGGACUUUUUAUCAAUUCAGAAGAUUUUUCAGUGAAAUGGUCCCGUUUUCAAGGCAAUAGUGCGGUUGGCAGACAACGUUGAAUGUAUACCGUAGUUAGAUACGCAGGCAGCGGCGCGUUCGUUCGCCCUCCGCCAGACCCCUUGCGACCUCUGCAGAUAGACCGUUCUUGGCCCGUUUUCUUUCUCUUUUCCGGCACUCUCUCAGUUUCCUUGCAUUUUCAGUCUUACGGAUACUUCAGGCGGAUGAUCCGUAGCUGAAUGGUCAGAAGCUGAACAAGGUAUUUCUUAACUUCAACUAUCAGCCCAUUUCAGUCAAAUUCCAUUUUCAGUAUAAAUGCCAAUCGAUCGGUUUAUAUAAUAUCAUCUAAGACACUAAAACUGUGAGGAAAAAAUUUUAUUCAAAUGCCCAUUCUCUGAAGUUAAAAUUUCCAGGCUGAAAAUGACGAUAAGAGUUAAAAAAUAGCUGCCUGGAGCGAAAGAACCUUUCUAUAUGUGAGUAGGAUACUAAUUUUAAUUCUUAGUGAUUAGGGUAGAUAGAAUCCACGUAGACCCGUUGCAAUAAUCAUCGGUCACUUGACUAUCGAUUUUUUCGCAGCCCACCAUCUGGCGUGUAGGUCAUCACAAACCCCUCAAAGAGCAACCCCCAGUCGUGUACAAUCGUUUUUCUUCAUUUCAAUUAUUAUUCUUGAACCUUGUAAAUCACAAGUUGUAAUUUGAAAGUUGUCGAACUCACACAACUGAAAAAUGACUGUAAAACUUUAAUACCUCAAACGAAAAUAUUGAAAUUUUGUAUAAAUGCAAGUAAACUGAGAGCCAAGCUAAAAGACGAGAAAAAGGAGCCAAAGUUCAGCACCGUUUAUUGAAAAUUGUCAAUUUUCAGUGAGGUGAUGACAACUGGUGGCGCUGGUGGCGAGAUGUCGUCGGAAUACAAAGAUAAGCAGGGCGGUGGUGCCGGACAGCCGCUCACCAAGUCAGAAAACAACGACGGGAAGAAGACGUUAACGAACGGAAUGAGCCGAGUUCAUCGGAUACUGACAGACGAGGAAAUGGCGAACGGGAGGACGAUGCGGUGGACCGAACUCGAGAUUCACGGUGCGGAAUUGGGAAGUUCCUGGUUCUCACACAAUUAAUUCAAUUUCAGGCCGAGUAAAGAACCUUUCGCCGUCGCUGUGGAAGUUAACACAUCUUUCGGCCUUGUUUUUGAACCACAACCAACUUUCACGGUUGCCGCCCGAGAUUGCGCAGGUGAGUACUGAAAAUCUGGAACCAAUGUGAUUUCUAGUUUGCUCCACUCGAAUAAAAUAUUAGCGGCGCUUUUCUGUUGUACAUUAUAAAUGACCUAUCAGUAUUCUAAUUGUGUUUCAGUUGACGCAACUGACGAUGCUCGACAUCUCUCACAACAAGCUGCGCUCCCUUCCGGUGGAACUUGGCGACAUGAUCUCGCUGUGCCAUCUCUACCUGAACAACAACCAGCUCCGUGUGUUACCCUACGAACUAGGAAAGCUCUUCCGAGUACAAACGUUAGGCCUCCAAGGCAACCCCUUAUCACCGGAAAUAAGCAAGAUCUACCACGAAGCGGGCGGAGCGCAGAAGAUAUUGCAGUUCCUGCUUGACCAUCUGACAAGUGAGUUUUCUUUCUGAUCUGAAUGCUUCUCAGAAUCGAACUGCGUUUUCCAUCCCUGGAGAGAAAUGGAAAAAAGUAAACCUCUCGGGGAACUGCACAUCCAUCAAUCAUGCACGAGGGAAGGCCUUUUCAGGACUGCCGAGAGCAGUUCCGAUAUUUCCUCGCUGAGAUUCUCUUCCGACCUAGAAUAUGUGAUUUGUGUUGACGUAUGCGUCCAGAAUGACAUUCUCAACUUUCGCUCUUCCGAAUGACGUAAUCGUCGUCUUCGUAAUCGUUUUCUUCUGCAUUUCCUCACUUCAUUAGUCACUAUCAUUCGUCGUUUUCCCACCGUCACUUUCUUUUACCUUCCAAAUGGAAAGCCAAAAAACUUUUUACCACCAUGGCAGGGUGUUUAUGAUCGUAAUCGAAUCACCAGAAGACUCAAGACUGCGACGUUGUAAACCGAGACAGGUGAAAUGUUCCACUGAUUCAAAUAUUAUUGCCGCAUUGGCGAGCGAAAAAACAGUUUUUGAAACGGGUUCUCAACAAGUUCCAUACUAAACCAACAUUACACAUUAAAUUUUUGGAAACCAGACAAAAACUAGCGAAGAAAGGAAUAAUACUAAUAAAGUUACACUCGCAAAGGAAUCACCUGACCUCGUCUUCUUCGUGGCUCUUUCUCGUCUAUUUUUAGUAUUCUAAUGGUUUUGUGAAAUUCUACUUCCUCUUUUCUCAUCGACUUCGUCUCUUGACCUAAUGGACAAAGUCGUUUGGACAGGGAGCCUCGAGCAAGAAAACGACACCAGCCAGGACAGAUGACUUCCGGUGGGGCAGUGCGUGCAAAGAUUUCAAGCACACUAUGCCUUUCACGCUGAUUAACUCUGAAAGUUAAAGUGUAGGAAUGCUGUGGCUUUUCGUGAAGGACACUAGAUGAAGUAGUACAGUAGAAGUCCUUGACUGCCUACUCGUUUAGAAUGUACUCAAGGCAGACAUGUACUCGUUAGCGCAACCGAAACUGCUGAUUGGCGGUUGUCGCCAAUAACAGGUUGAAUAUGAAGUUGACCUUUUCCAAAGUGUGUUCUUUAUUCGCUCAUCCCGUAUCUUGGUACACUUAAGCACAUUCGACCGAAAGUAACGCACGAAUCUCGAGAGAUCAUAGCUAAUGUGCCGGUGUCCAUCCAGUGUCCAUUCUAUAUGAUUUUGUAAAAAACGAAGCGGUGCGCAAGAGUGAAAGGAAGCGCAUAGGCGCAGAAGUGGUGGCGUAGACCACACCGCCAUACGUACACGGUUUUUUGGUUAGUGUGUCUGUGUCUCGUCGGUCCAUUCAGUCCUUCCUUCCUAUGAUCAUCUGUUCUUCUGGCGUCGUCAAUGUCUUCAUCGUCUUACUCUCCCUAUUCUUCCACGGAGGGCUUCUGCCGUUCGUGUCGGAGGACUGAGGCUCCGCCCUCUUUCGGAAGGGUGUCUUCCCUCGGAGGAUUGUGUGUACGCCCUCCUUCGUGUGUUUGUGUGUCUGCAGCAACCGGCGCUGGCGGCACAUUGCAUGAGUUUGAAACGGGAACCAGGCUCCGCCCUCGACUAGCUGCCCAUUUUGAAAUAGAGGUCUUCAUAUUUUCUGGUCCUUCUUCUUCUUCUUCUUUACGUUCCACAUAUUCCGCCUGCUUCUUCCUCCGUUUACUUCAUAUUUUACCCUUGUUAUCUUUACCUUUCCACUGCCUUCUCAGUUCUUUCAUCAAGUUUAUUCGAGAAUGAAGUGCUGAAUUAUGACCGACAUCGGAGAAGGCGAAUCGCCAUCGAGACGAAACUCGAGCGGCAAACGAUUUGUCCGGAGAGCGAGGCGAUGGGCUGAGUUGCAGCAGAAGCGACAAGGCCGUCGGAACUGUGAAGAGUCGGAAAGUCAGCCGAUGCAGUCGGACCUACUCCAACUUCAUCAUUAUAAUCAUGCCGUCUUUCAUCAACAUUCUCAUCAUCGGGGCGGAGUCAAAGAGUACAAUUAUCGUCCACCAGAACCUCCUCAUGUCUACGAUUACGUUGAAAUGGCGGCACUCGGAAGUGGAGUGAUGAUUGUCGACGAGGAUCACAACUAUGAACUGCUGACGCACGAAGAGUCGAGACAGAAGCAGAACCUGGGUCACACUCGGAGUUUCCCAAUUACAAUACUUCAAUCAAGGCGGCAUCACCUUCACGUUCCCUCCGGAUAUACCAUUGCACACGGGUUAAGCAGACAUCAACCUUGCCAACGAACAAUUUCUGACGCUUCAAGUUAUAACCAGCUGAACUACCGCAAUCUUCAUGCUUCAUUCAAACCGUCUUGGUAUGAUUCACAGCAGCCAUCGCCAGCUUCUUUGUUGGAAUCAGCCGACAGUGCUCUAACACUGAUUACCAACGAUCUCUCGAUGACGAGUAUCUCGGAAGCGUCAACGACGUCGCCGAGUUCGAUCUCCAACAACUCCGAGGAGGGAACCUCUCCUCAAAUAGCCAAGUUGUCCACCUCACUUCCAAAAGCGUCGAGCUUUUUUCAUCCUAAUCUUUCGAUGCCACUGUACAUUCCUUCAAAUUUUCCAGGUGAGUAUAAUUUGUUCCCAUGUUUCUGCUGGAACUGGUAGCGUCUAGUGUUCGUUCCUUUCGGAGGCCAGUCACUCAGUUCAACGGCGUAUUUGCCUCAAAAAACGUGUAAACAUCACAACUUUUUGUUCUUGUCAGCACCUUUUCUUGUGUGCCCUGUUGCGAUGAAGUUUGUUUAGUGCUUCUGCAUAUCUGCUCGAGAACUGACUUCUCUUCCUCACCAGUCCCUCCUAAUCUUCUUUUAUUUCUCUGUUUCUUCGCACACAGUUUUCGCCGAUCGCUAUCGUAAACAUGUUCUAUUUUCACUUAUCUAUUUCGAAUGGCGGUUUUUAAUGAGUGGCUGAAAGCAUGAAACAAGUUGACCACCGAAGAACUUUUCCGCUCCGCCCGAAAUGUCCGAAAUGGGAUUGAGCCAACAUGAGAAGAGCGAGAACUGCUAGCAAGCAAACAGCGGACACCGCAGCGAUUUUUGGCGUCUUCUAACUGAGAUUUUCGAGAUGUUCUUCUCCUUCUCUCUCUCUCUCUCGGCUUCAUUUUCAUCUGUCCAACGGUAUCUCUGCGCAUCUUUGGCAUUGAAAAGUUCGAUCGUGCGGCGGUGAUUACGCCAUACUUUGACGUAAAAGCGACAGACGAAAAAGGAGAAGCCGAAAGGAGAAGAAGAAAAAAAAAGGGCGAACGUGUAUACAUUUGUAGCAUAAUGGCAGAAGAGAGACGGAUGGCGGCAGAGCGCGUGGACGACGGUGACGGUAGUCGUGGCAGAAGCAGUGGCAUCGGGGGGAAGUGUGUGUGUUAACAAGUUUUUGUCGCCACUUUCGGACGGUGUCAUCCCUUCUCAUCUUCGGUGUACAUACGGGUGAUGUGUUGGCAGUUAGGGGAGAUGUCAGAGAUUCGAAGAGGAUUAGGACCGACUGUUUUGGUAUUUGAUAUGCGAACAAGCCAGGAAGUGAUUGCAUAUCACGACCAGGUGAUUCGCGAGGAGACAAGCUGUUUUCUGUGAUCCUUCAGCUUAUUUUUAGGGAACACACUUCUUGGAUUUGGUCUAGAUUUUGUGUUCUGAUGUCCCUUGUCCAAUUCACUGAUCUUCAUAGACUUCACAGCUUAUGUUUUCGAUUAUCCCACAAUUUCCAGUUAAAAAAUAUUUGGAAAAUGAGUGGAUUUGGGUGCUAAUGGAUCCGGGCGGUCGCCCAGAUAGACAGCUAUGUUUGAAGCAUCGAAACAAUGAAAAAACGUGUUAUUUACAAAUGAUCCUCUCGGAGUGUUCUCGCAGAGAGCACACUGUGUUGACGACGGCGAGAAGAGUGUUUUGGGACUGGGGGAGAGCGUGUUGGUUGCCCUCCGGUGCACGAUAUGUUUGCACACGGUUUCGGGCGCAAAUUGAUCGUUCGAACAUGGCGCCUGUCUGGGAUGUCCAUGCAAUCAAACACAGAGCCUACAAUAGACCGGUGGGAAAUCGAAAAAUGCUUUUCGUUUUCCUUAGUCCCCCUCAAUCUUGAACCAUUGACUUGAGGAAAGUGAUUUUAGGAACAAAACAGAAGACAAUACGUCUUUCGAGAGCGACGCAUUUCGUUUCCCUCCUAGUUUCCCCGCGCUCUUCCGUGUUUUGCGGUUAGUUGAUUUGGCCGCGAGAACUGAAAAUGAGAAAGAAGAAGAGAGGGACGGCAAGAAGUGCACUUGACACAUUUCGAUGUUGGAUGUCCCUUUUCCCGCGAACAAUGGGCCGGUGACAGCACAGAUGGUAGAAUGAAUGGAUUAACGGAUGCGGGAAUUCAUAAGGGGACUGGACCAACUUCAGAAUUUAUCACGGCUAACUUCUGGAAAUUGACAAAUUAACGCAUUCAGCAGUAAACUUCCGAUGGCGUUCAGUGUCUGUCUGAAAGAGAACAACCGUCAGAAUGACUUGUGACCUAGAAACACUGAUUUCCUCCUAAUGUCUCGCGGAAUCCGCUCAACUAGUCGUAAUGUUUUUUGAGCGGUCAUGAAUAAGUUGUUCGUCUUCUUGCGUACGCGCACGAGCGUUUAGGCGCACAGACGACGUCGAGUCCUCUAAUAUUUGUUUCAAUGGGAAAAAUAGACGGGGGAAUAACCAGAAGACGUUCGUGCUGUUGUCGUGCGUGACAAAAAACGAAAGCGCCGAAAAUAGUUAGGAUGCGCGACAUAAAAAGUUCGAUUCUGGUAACAAACUUGACACCAAUCACAAGGAAUCUAUCAGAAUAUUAUUUUAAUUUUUUCAGUUAACACUCUUCCGCCGCCGGAGCGCAACUGGGUAAUGAUUCGACAUGCGGAUCCGGAACGGCCAAUUGGUGAGUUUUUGGGAAAAAGAGAAGAUUAGAAGGAGUUCUACUCCGGAACCUCGGUGGGAUUAUCCCGUCGGGCGGAAUACUUGAAACAAACAUCACAGAGGUCAUGAAUCGGUUCUGGUUUGUUCCGAGAAAGAGAGAGAGAGAGCAAGUAAACAAUCCUAUUUUCGGAAGCGCCAAUUGAUUAGUGUAAUUUGAAUGGAAGCGCAGCGUUCUGAAAGUUAACGACGCGACUUUUGAAUUGAAGCACUUAUGCUCAUUUCAAUUCAGAUGAUUGCAAAGUCAUUGCAAAGUACUCAUUCUAGUUUUAAUGUUUCUAUUUCAGCCACGUUCACAGUACUCUGCUACAACGUUCUGUGCGACAAGUACGCGACUGUCAACCAGUAUUCGUACUGUCCAUCAUGGGCACUCAACUGGGAAUACCGAAAGAACUCGAUCCUCAAGGAAAUACGAACCUACGAGGCCGACAUCAUCACUCUGCAAGAGGUCGAAACGGAGCAGUUCCGGACCAUGUUCCUGCCGGAGCUCAAACAGCUCGGCUACACCGGAAUAUUCGCAUCCAAGACGCGUGCGAAGACGAUGACCGAAGAGGAACGGAAGUACGUUGACGGAUGUGCCAUUUUCUGGAAAGUGGACAAGUUCGACAUGGACAAGCACAGCACAUUCGAGUUCACUUCGUUGGCGAUGAAGAAGGCGUCGUGUAGUGAGAACAUGCUGAACAGAGUGAUGCCGAAGGACAACAUCGCCCUGUGCGCAGUACUCAGGAUCAAGGAGAAUGUUUAUGCGAACCGUGAGUGCGCAAAUGCAGAUGUGUUCUAAUGUUUGGGAAGAUUUGAUUACAGGACGAAUGACGAUCCCAGCAAAUGACAACGUUGUCGGAAACCCGCUGGUCGUUUGCACUGCGCACAUUCACUGGGACCCCGAGUUCUGCGACGUGAAACUCGUUCAGACGAUGAUGCUGGCGAACGAAGUGACACGAGUUCUGGAGGACGUCUCCAAGAAGUACAAUAUCACGCAACAACAAGUGCCAGUACUCAUAUGCGGAGAUUUGAACUCUUUGCCCGAUUCCGGAGUAUUCGAAUAUUUGUCACGUGGACAGAUCAGCCGGCGGCACAUGGAUCUGAAGGCGUUCCGCGAGGACACUUCACUCGAGAAGUUCACAAACUCAACCGACAAGAACGUGCUCAGUCAUCCGCUGAGGCUCGACUCGGCCUGUGAUACGACUUCCAUACCGUUCACCAACUACACGCUCGACUUCAAGGGAAUGAUCGACUACAUCUUCGCGACACCGCAAUCGCUGGCCCGACUCGGAAUCCUGGGACCGUUUGAUACGGCGUGGAUUGGAAAUAACAAGAUCAUUGGUGAGUUGACUGUGAAAAACACUCUUGCAACUAAUUACCUUUUCUAGGAUUCCCACAUCCACACGUUCCGUCCGAUCACAUCCCAAUCAUGGCUCAGUACGCCAUCAUACCGACGACACACCAAAGACAGCCCCCGCCCCCACAGCAACCGGGCCAGUCGUCGGCCGGAGUCAUCGGCGGCGGGUAUCCGGCGUCACCGGCCCAGAACUCUCUGUUCAGAUGA